AAUGUUGAGGAGCUAGCUAGGGCUACUAUGAAGAAAUUGACCCAGGGAAAGGCUGAUCACAACAAAGCAAUGGCAGCCGCUAAAACUGAUGAGGCAAAGGAUAGCAUUAAAACUCAAAAGCAGAAUGCUACAACUGGGUUGCGGACCUGCAAUAAUAUUCUGGCAAUGACGCAGCCGUUGCAUUCAAAAUCACCUUCAUUCAUUGGGGAUAGGGGCAUCAAUCUAUCCUGGAAAGAGGUUGUGAAAGCUUCUGUGCCUUCAACUACUCCUGCAACUGGAGGGAAACGAUCUGCUACUGCUUCUAAUGGUUCAGGAAAUAUUGCAUCAAAGAAGGGACGUGGUGCUGGUGGUUUGCAAAACCAGCUUGUUAAUCGGGCCUUUGAAGGUUUAUCUGGGAGAAGUGGUACAGCAAGAGGCAGGGGCAGGGGCUGGGGUGGACGUGGAAGAGGCUACCGGUAGCUUUACUUCCAACUUGCAGUGACAGAACAGUUAGGACUCUUUUGAGUCAAAAUGUGAUCUGGAAGAAGCAAGUCACUGAUUUUAUCUACCUUUUCCUCUUUAUUCCAACAAAUUUUGAGUUAAAUAGAGGAAGCCGGAGAGUUUCAGAUUCAUUGUGGACUACUAAAUGAAAUUAUUGUUUAGCUUGUUUAGCUCCCGGCCUAUAAAAGAGAUCAACACUGAUAUUGUUCACUCUUUUCUACGUUUUUCAUUUUAAGUCAUUACACUUUGAAAAACAUCAUACAAGCAUUUAGUUAAUGAAGAUGACCAAAUCCACUGAAAA